ACCUGCCCACAAGCUGCUGCCUUAACAUAGGUCGUAUUUCCCACCGUCGACGUUACGCGAGAGCUCACAGCGAAGUCAUUCAUAUAAGUCCUAGUUUUCGUUUGUAAGGAAGCAUAGUAAUUCUACAAUGUCUCAUUUGCAACCACCUCCGCAACAACAGCCGCAAGUCAUCACUGUCCAGUCUGCAACUCCAGCUUUUAGGGACAUCCCGGUAUCCAUGGUGUGUCCGCACUGCAACCAUCAAAUUCAGACGGCCAUUGCUUUUGAAAGCGGGACUCUAACCUGGGUCAUAUGCGGAGUGCUGCUCCUGUUUGGGUGCUGGUUGGGCUGCUGCUUGAUACCGUUCUUCAUUGACGGGUGUAAAGAUUGCAUUCACACCUGUCCCAGUUGCAAUAAUGUGGUCGGAAAGUUUACCAGGUUGUGAAAAUCCACACGGAAAAGUGUAUUCAUUUCCAUUCAUUGAGAUGUUAUUAUUGUAUAUUGACAAUACACAUUAAAUUACAAAGCUUUAAAGUAAA